AUGCAACGUACAACGAAAACUUCCUUUUUUGGAUAACGAGAAGUUAUUGAUUGAGUACGAUGCUGGUCGGAAUCGUUCGUUUACAGGCUUCUUGAAUAAGCCAUUUAUCUCGGUCGUCUCAAGCCAGAGAUAGCAGGUCACAUCAGCGUGUUCUGACACAAAAAAAUUUAUAGAAAUCACAUGGAUUGGAAGGUUUCUAACGGCUGGCACUCCUCAUGCCAUGGCUGAUAUAGCUAGGAGAAAAAGUGCUGGAUUGACUGUUAACAUGGCAGGAAAGGUAUCUACGGAGGGUAACUCGAUUGUUACUUCGCCUGGAAGUAGCUCGAAGACAGCAAUCGGGUCACCGACCAGUGAUGGAGGGAGAGAAGUGCGCGAAGACCGCGCUUGGAAAGCGUACGUUUCACAGAUUGAUUCCCCCAUUUCGUCUUCGUUAUUGGUGAAUGGAGAAGACUUAAAUAUGGCGUCCAAUCUUGGAUUCCUGUAUGAUUAUUACGAGGUGACGGAGGAAUCAAGUCAGGCUCCCCCUUCGCCCCCUCAAGGCUCUGGGGGAGGAAGUGGUCAAGGGAACCCAUCCUCCGGAAACAGCCAUUCACAAGGAGGAAACAGUGAUUCAGAGUCUGGGAGUCCUUCUCAGUCAGAGCAAACCACUCUUAGCUUUUUACAAGCAGUGCAGCAAAUAAAAAGUCCAAAACACAGCACACAAGUCCAAGGUGAUCACCAUAUUACUCCCAAACAAGAAAAAAUGACUCCAAAUGUCAAGACACUCACCCUCGGGCAACAGAUUAAAGUGCAACCAAGUACAUCAAGUUGUAGCCACACCCCCAUACCUGUGGCUCGCCCUUCUUCAUACCCCCCCUCAACUAAAGCCCCCCAACAAGUAAGCGAUGUGUCACCACUCUCCCUGAGCACCACCCCCCCUGAGGCAUUUAACUUCACACCAUACACCCAGUCACUGAAAUCCACACCCACUGUUUUCUCUGCUCAAGAUAGGUAUUCCUUCAUCCUUGAGGCACCUACAUCCAUUAUACAAAGAAGAGGAGAUGACACUUUGACAUAUCUUAACAAAGGUCAAUUUUAUGCUAUAAGUUUUGAGGGUAAUGUGGAUCCCCCAUCGACUGAGGAGGAAAUUCAACGUGUGAAGUCUUAUGUUCACUUGGUUUUCCGUGAUGAGAAGGAUCCAAGAACAGAAUGCGAACACUGGCAAUAUUGGCACAGCCAGCAACCUAAUCCCCAACAAAGAGCAUUUGAUAUAGAUCGCAAGUCUUGUCAGAAUAUAGAAGACAACAUAGAUGAGAUAUCAUACAACGCAGCUGGGUUUACAUGGAGCCCUCACUUGAAUGCAAAAAUAGUAAUAAGGAUAAACUGCCUGAGUACUGAUUUCUCCUCUCAGAAGGGAGUGAAGGGCAUUCCACUGCAUCUCCAGAUCGAUACAUAUGAAGAUAUAACCAAUCCAGAUGCAGAACCUGUACACAGGUCAUUCUGUCAGAUAAAAGUGUUCCGUGACAAAGGUGCUGAACGAAAGAACAAAGACGAAUCAAAGAGUGCGGAAAAGAGAAUUCAGAAAUGGGUGAAGCAGAAUACAUCAUCAUGUGCUGAUCCCAACAUGGUGUCUCCUACAUCUCUCUUUCAUCCUCCUAGUAAAUACACACGGCUUCAAACAACCACACCAUUAGGACCAAAACCUAUUCUGUUUACUCCAGCUGUACACAGCACACAUAUACAGGGAGGCUUUGAGGAGUCAUCUUUGCAGACAUUGUCUCUGUUAGCAUCCAUAAAGGAUCGUGAAAACAAACGUACUCUACAAUCACACCUAGCCAUGGCAAAGGAUGAGCUGGCUGAUUUAGAAGUUGUUCCUAGAUUAAAAGUACAGAAAAUCCACAGACCCAAUAGACCAGUGCAUGAUGCAAUACAGAUUGCACAAGUGGAAAUUUCUGUUAAUGUAUUAACUUUCAAGAUCUGUUUGGUAAUUCUCCCUUUUAGCAGCUAGAAAUUUCCUUUUAAAUUAAGUACGAGAGUUUGCACUUAGAUCAAGAUAACUUCUACAUGAUAGGUUUGAGUUUUCUCUUUACCUGUUUGCUAGAUAAUGUUGGAUGUUAUAGGGAGAAUUUACAUGUUAACCACAUUUGGGAUUCAAGGGGUUAAAUGACAGUUUUGUCAAAGUCCUUUUAAUGACUGUCAUCCACCUUGAAGUACAUGAAUGGUGACAGGAAGGAACAUGUUUCUUUAAGUUUUGGUGCUCACAAAUUUUCAUGUUUUGCAGGAUUAGUAGAGUAGUAUGAGUUACUAAGGAAAUUGUCAUGAGCAUAUAUAUCUGUGCAUGUCUGUGACUUUCCUCCCAGUGACCUUCACUUGUUUAAGUAGUUAUUAAUGAUAACAGAGGCACUCAAAUUGAAAAAAUACAGAUGUGUCAUGCUGCACUAUUUUAUUCUAAAUGGAAUUUUUAAAAUUCAUAUUUUUCUUCUGCUUGGAAACUGCUUGAAAACUGUGAAACAUUAUUGAACAAGGAAAUUCUUGCAUUAAAAACUAGUCUGCUGGUUGAAAAAAAGAGCACUCGGUUUUCUAUAAAUAAUUUCCAACAGCAACAUUUUUAUGAAGACUCUUUCCAUAAGGGAAUGUUGCACAACUCUGUCAGAAAAUGUUACAUUACAUGAUAUUAAAAAUGGAGGAAUAAAAUGAUUAUCAACAGUUAGACACCAAAGUUGAGGGGAAUAACUGUGUUUGUGCAUACCACACAGAAACCCAAAAAUUAGUUUAUUUCUGUCAGUGUUUGAACCAGCCUAUCGGUGCAAGGGGAAAACACCAUAUGCCUGUGUGGUAUACAAACUAAUUAUAUCUUUAACUCCCAAGAUCUCGUUAGUAAUUCUCCUUACUGUCUGCCAUAUAGUUUUGUAGUAUUAGUUUGGCGAAUUUGGUAUUGGAUCAACUAAUAAUCUCCUAGUUAAUGUUUUUCUUUAUUCUUUUCACUUGUCUGCUUGAUAUUGUAAGGAGAAAUUCAGUCUUGGUCACUCAUGGGAGUUAAAGGAUUAACUUGCAAAAGAGAUUGCAGAUGUAAAGGCCAUCAACUCCUAUUGAAACUUCAAGAAUUGUUGGUGGCUUGACUUGAGAUCUGCAUGACAUAACUAAGACAAGUAAGGCUAUCAUUAAAGGUGUGUAAAAACAACAGUAUUCUACUUAAACAGAUAAGUAUACAUUAAACCUAUUCACUAUGUUUGAAAAUCUUGUACCAUAAUGUACAAUCAUAAAGUAAAGACUUAACCUUUUUUAUCCUUUUUCAAACUUGUACUUUCUGUUAUUAAUUAUUGCUGAUUUUGAGACAAGAACUACAGUUUGCCUCCAAAAUGAAUUUUCUACAAGUAAAAGAGAUAUUGGGGGAUGGUUUCAUAAACUGAAAGACCUGUCAGCGAAUAAAGGUAUCUUUCACAAGAAGGGCAGAGCAUCUUGGCAGGAAAAAUGAUUGGUUGUAACAGUAAGUCUAAGUAAAGAUUCAAAUUUUGCCCCUUUUUUUAUGCUCAAUUUUUAUGGUAUGGAAGUAAUGUAGGAGGUUUAUUUUGCCACAAGGGUAAAGCUAGAGAAUAGGAGAAGGGGACCAGAGUUCAAAUAACCCUGUUUUUCAAGGAAGCCAUCAUUUGUAAUGUAAUGUUAAACAAAAAAAAAAAGCCUUGCCCCACCAUCCCCUCUCCUCCAAAAUUCCCUUACCCGUUGGUACGUGUAGAAUGUUCAGUUCACUUGGGUUACAUAGGGUAGCUAGAAUGUUCAUAGUCUGACUGGUUAGAGAUUAAAGAUACAACAGACAUCUUUAUCCUUCUUAAGAGCUAAAUUAUUUUUUCAUAUUUAAAGUGAGACUUGUUUGUAUUGGUAUUAUUAGAAAUGCUGUCACAACAAAUUAAAGACUACAUCACCAUUUAUUUUUUUUCUUCAAAAAAUCUCUUUGAUAAAUUGAGCUUCAGUCAAGUUAACCCUUUAACUCCCAGAAGUGAUUAACAUGCAAGUUCUCCCUGUGGUAUUCGUACAUUAUCCAGGACACUGGUGGUGAGAAUACUCAGAUUGGUCCACUAUGAGAUAUUAUAUUGAUCCAACACCAAAUUAUCAUAACAAAUUUACAAGAAAUCAUAGCAACCAGAGGGGAGAAUUGAUAAUCCAAUCUUGGGAGUUAAAGAGUUAAGGCACAUCCAUUGUUAUCUGAGUUGGCCCCAAUUAAAGCCACAACUGACUUCAUACUGUAAAUUAUAAAGUUGAUCUUGACAUUUCAUGUCUAUUUUUUGAAGUAUGACUUACAUUUUGGUAUAUAUGCUUUUUGCCCUGCUAAAUUGUGUUUUUUGUCUUAACUGUAAUACUCUUGCCAAAGGGAUAUUAGAUCUUGCACAAGCACUUCGAAGAGAAAAAUACCCCAAAGGAUACCCAGAAGUCUACCUUAGGUUUGAGGGAAGAUUUAACUCAGAACAGAAAUCCUUCCUCAGAUUUAACUGUGGUUAUACUCUUGGGGCUGUUAAAGAUUUCAAAUCUUUUCCCACCACUAAGGCUCAUGUCUUGUCCAUGACUCGCUUUGAUUAUAUUUUGGAACAAAGCUGUCAUAAAUUAAAGGUUGAGUUUGCUCUUUUUGUGAGUAACAUCUGAUUCUAGAAAAUUAAGCUUUUGAAAUUAUCUUCAUCUUGUCAUUGUUCCUACUUGUACCUACUACUAUCAUUAUAUAAUAUUCAUUUUCUCAGCUGAUGGCAUCAACUAACCAAGUGAUAGAUUACCAUAUGUAACAAAUUUAAGCUGAAAUAUAUGGAAUCUAGAGCUAGGACAAGUACUGCAAUAAUUUGCAAAGUAUUGUAAAAUGUGUGCUAGAUUUAUUUCAUUGGAAUAAAUGUUUUAUUUAUUCAGAUGUUAUAUUGUGCUAGGAAAUGCGGUAGAUUUAUUUCAUUGCAAUAAAUAUUUCAUUAACCCAGAA